AUGCACUUCUCGACUGCUCUACUUGCCACUCUCCUCCCGGCUGUUCUGGCCGCUCCUGCUCCGGCUGGUCCUAUCGACAGGCGCGCCCCUAUCCUCGAGGCCCGCGCCGGUGAGGUCAUCCCUGGAAAGUACAUUAUCAAGCUGAAGGAGGGCUACUCCGAUGAUACCCUGGAAAAGGUUCUCUCCAGGGUCGGCAUCAAGGGCAAGACCGACCACAUCUACAAGAUGCGCCGGUUCAAGGGUUUCGCCGGCAAGCUCGACGACAAGGUCCUUGAUGCCGUUCGCUCUCUCCCUGAGGUCGAGUACGUCGAGCAGGAGGCCGUCUACACCAUCAAUGCAUACGUCUCCCAGACCAACGCCCCGUGGGGUAUCGCCCGGAUUUCUCAAAAGACCUCUGGAAAGACCACCUAUGUCUAUGACAACAGCGCUGGUGCGGGUACUUGCGCGUACGUGAUUGACACUGGUAUCUACACCUCUCACUCUGAUUUCGGUGGCCGUGCUACUUUCGCCGCCAACUACGUUGACAACUCUAACACAGACGGCAACGGCCACGGUACCCACGUCGCUGGCACCAUCGGUGGUACUACCUAUGGUGUUGCCAAGAAGACCAAGCUCUACGCCGUCAAGGUCCUCAACGCCAGCGGCUCUGGCUCGACUUCUGGCGUCGUUGCUGGCAUCAACUUCGUCGCCAGCGACCACGUGAACCGUAACUGCCCCAACGGCACUGUUGCUAACAUGUCCCUGGGUGGCAGCUACUCUGCCUCCAUCAACAACGCUGCCAACGCCCUUGUCGAUGCUGGUGUCUUCCUGGCCGUCGCCGCCGGUAACGACAACGCCAACGCUGCCAACUACUCGCCCGCCUCUGCCGCCAAGGCUUGCACUGUUGCCGCCACCGACAGCAGCGACAGGAAGGCCAGUUACUCCAACUAUGGCAGCGUCGUCGAUGUCCUGGCUCCUGGCUCCAACAUUCUUAGCACCUGGAUCGGCAGCACCACUGCUAAGAACACCAUCUCCGGCACCUCCAUGGCCAGCCCCCACGUUGCUGGUCUCGGCGCUUAUAUCAUGGGUCUCAAGGGCAAGAUGGGCGGUGAGGCGCUCUGCACCUACAUCAAGAACACUGCUCUCUCUGGUGUCAUCAGCGGCUUCCCCAGCAGCACCACCAACAAGUUUGCUUUCAAUGGCAACCCCAACGCCUCCUAA